CGAAGAAGUAGGAAGAAUUCUGUUUGUGUUGAGACGAGCAAUAAAGGUGAUAAGGUGAUUUAAGAGUCUGUGCGCUGCUCCGGAGAGCAUUCACACCAACUCAGAUCUGUGUCGGCUCAAUUUAUACUAACGUCUCAAGGGUUUUCUUUAAGUAAUGUAAAUGUCUGAGGACCGGGAGACCCAGGAAGAUGAGCUACUUGCUUUAGCAAGUAUCUAUGAUGAGCAGGAAUUCCAACGGGCUGAGUCAGCACAGGGAGGAGAGAUCCAGAUAUGCUUCGAGCUGCCUCCUGAUUUCAAAAUUGUUGUCAAAGGAGAGAAGCAGACAGAAUAUAAUGUCUGCUUCCUGCCGCCCCUGGUGCUUAACUUUGAGCUGCCUGCUGACUACCCAUCCACUUCUUCUCCAAUCUUCACUCUCAGCUCAAAAUGGUUGACCACAGGGCAGAUGAGUUCUCUGUGCCAAUGUCUGGAUGACAUGUGGGAAGAGAACAAGGGUUGUGUGGUUCUUUUCACCUGGGUCCAAUUUCUCAAGGAGGAAGCCCUGGACUUGUUGGGAAUCCGAUCCCCUCUGGAAGUAUUCAGGGCUGGGGUCACCAAGUCACGUGGGGAUCGCAGGAAUGGCGAGGCGACAUCCACAGUUAUGGAGCAUUCCUGGAGCCCAUCUAAAAAUGGAAACAGGGAAUGGAAAAGGAAACCUAGGAUGAAGUCUGAGCCACAGAUGUCGUCUCCUUUGUCGUCAUCAGCUCCUGAGCUCAUGCUGGACCCACGGGCGGUGCUGGCAAUGGACCCGGGCUCCGACCUCCUACCUCAGCUCCUGGACUUCGACGAAGCUCAGCGGCAGAAGGUGUUUGACGCCAAAGUGUUCUGCUGUGGCAUCUGCUUCACAGAGAAGCUGGGUGUAUCCUGCCUCUCCUUCAAGGAGUGCCAACAUGUCUACUGCAAGGCCUGCAUGACUGAAUACUUUGAGAUCCAGAUACGAGAUGGCAAUGUACGGUGUCUUAACUGCCCUGCACCCAAAUGCACUUCCAUAGCUACACCUUUACAGGUGAAGCAGCUGGUGGAUGAGGAGCUUUUUGCUCGUUAUGAUCGCUUGCUUCUUCAAUCCAGCCUGGACUUGAUGGCAGACGUGGUGUACUGCCCUCGUCAGGCCUGUGCCAGUGCUGUGAUGGUAGAACCAGACACCACCAUGGGCAUUUGCCCCACUUGCCAGUAUGCCUUCUGCACCCUCUGCAAGCUGGGCUAUCACGGCCUCUCUCACUGCAAAAUCACUGCUGAUGAAUUACGUGGCCUAAAAGACGAGUAUCUGUCAGCUAGCACUGAAGGCAAAAAGUUCAUGGAACAGCGUUAUGGAAAGAGGGUCAUCCAGAGAGCAGUGGAGGAGUCUUUCAGCACAGACUGGCUCAAAGAGAACUGCAAAUGUUGCCCUCGCUGCGGUACCAAUAUUCAGAAAGUGGAUGGCUGUAACAAGAUGACUUGUACUUCCUGUCGGCAGUACUUUUGCUGGCUGUGUCUGGGACAGCUUAGCAGAGUCAACCCCUACAGUCACUUCAAUGACCCAAAUUCACCUUGCUACAACCAAUUGUUCCAUGGAGUAGAUAUGGAGGAAGAAUAUGCCUUCUGGAGCGAUGAAGAGGACUGAUACAAGUGCAGCCCCUCCCUGCUGUGUGCUCCAUUUGAACGCACUUUAUUUAUCUUAACCUCACUUUAUUUCUUUUAAUUCAUUGUGCUCAUAUUAGAGCUCACACCAUCGGUUGAAUCAAGUUUCAGUAAAAUCAGGCUCACAGGUAUAUUUAAUUUGAUGGAGGAAUAUAUGAUAUUUUGCAUAUGGAUAGGAAUGAAGUCUGUUGGCUGCAGAAAAAAAGCUGUUGAAACAUUAGAUGUGGCUGUUGCUGUUUGAUAUUCCAACUGUAAAUCAAAGAAGGUUGAAUGAGUUCAUCUGGCUAAGUUUAUUGACAGAUAUGUUUUGUCACUCAACUCUGACAUCUUCACUCUAAAGUGAAUGCAGGUAUCCCCACCCUUAUAAACAAUACAGCGCAACACAGUUGCAUAACGACCGAAACCAAUGACCAGUUUCAUGUGCAAAUAUGGGUGUGACAUUAACUAGAGUUUCGAUGGCCAUGUGUACUAUUCAGAGGAUUUGGGAAUGUUUGCAAUCACAGCAUUGUAAGAUGGUGACAGAUACAGUGGCUUGCAAAAGUAUUCAUGCCCCUUGAACUUUUCCACAUUUUGUCACGUUACAACCACAAACAUAAAUAUAUUUUAUUGGAAUUUUAUGUGAAAGACCAACACAAAGUGGCACACAAUUGUGAAGUACAAAGAAAAUUAUACAUGAUUUAAAAAAAUUUUUACAAAUAAAAAAAUGAAAAGUGCGUUGUG